CGGCAUGGUAUAUAUAUAUAAUAUAUGAACAUACAUAUAUAUGCGAUUCGGCAAAAUUAUCGGCAAAAGUGAUUGUUCUUGUUUCGUGAAAGUUCAUGUCAAGAAGAGAUGGGACAACACGUUUCAAGAACAGACUUCGAAUGGACUUAUACCGAAGAACCACACGCUAGUCGUCGUAAAAUAAUAUUAGAAAAAUAUCCACAAAUAAAGAAAUUAUUUGGUUACGAUCCUCAAUUUAAAUGGAUAGUAACUGGAAUGGUUUUAGUACAAUUUUUAUCCUUAUUUAUCGCUAAACAUUUAAGUUAUCCACAACUUUUUUUAAUGGCAUAUUGUUUUGGAGGUAUUAUUAAUCAUUCGCUUAUGCUUGCAAUUCAUGAAAUAUCACACAAUCUUGCCUUUGGGCAUGCAAGACCUAUGGCCAAUAGAUUGUUUGGAAUGUUUGCUAAUUUGCCAAUAGGAAUACCAGUAUCUAUCAGUUUUAGAAAAUAUCAUUUGGAACAUCAUCGUUAUCAGGGAGAUGAAAAACUUGAUACAGAUUUACCAACUUUAUUGGAAGCAAAAUUAUUUUGCACGACAUUUGGCAAAUUUUGUUGGAUAUGCUUACAACCAUUUUUUUAUGCCUUUCGUCCUUUAAUAACUUAUCCGAAAGCGCCAUUAAUGCUUGAGUAUGUCAAUUUAGCUAUACAAUUAAUAUUUGAUGCAAUUUUGUGGUAUUUCUUUGGUGGUAAAAUAUUGAUAUAUUUAAUUGGUGGAUCACUUAUGGCGAUGGGAUUGCAUCCUGUAGCAGGUCACUUUAUAUCAGAACAUUAUAUGUAUAGAAAGGGAUUUGAGACUUACAGCUAUUAUGGACCUUUGAAUUUUAUAACAUUCAAUGUUGGGUAUCACAAUGAGCAUCAUGAUUUUCCUGCUGUUCCUGGUUCACGAUUACCUGAAGUAAAACGAAUUGCAUCUGAAUUUUAUGAUGAUCUACCUAAACAUAAUUCUUGGACAUCAGUAUUAUAUGAUUUUGUAAUGGAUCCUGAAAUUGGUCCAUACGCAAGAAUGAAACGAAAACAUAAAGGCUUAAAUUCAUAAAAAAAAUAUUGAACUUUUGCCAAUAAUUAGUAUUUAUAAAUACUAAAUUUACAAAUUAUUAAAUACAGAGAUUAUAUUAUUAUUAUUGCA